GGUAGUAGAAAGACGUACAUUACGCGCUGGCUUUUAAUAGAUGCAAAAAUAAUAUUUAAUUGCUUGUAAUUAAACAAAGAAGUUUUCUUAAAUUGAAACGUAACUGUCGUAAAGUGAUUGUUGGAUUUGAACAUCUAUAACUUUUGGAAGAAUUAUGAUGGGUUAUGAAAGAUGGCUGGCAGCUAUGAGUUACACCAGACUAAGAUGGAAACACUAUAUCAACACAAAUAUUUUUUUUAUCAGAAUGAUCAACAACGACGAUCAUAAGAAGGAGAAACCUGUAGGCGCUGGAUUUUAUUCAUCGCAUAGUCCUCCUCCAGAUACCAAUGUCAUAUGCGAAUCUUUGGUCUCCAAAUUGACCGAUAAAAGUGACGAACCGUCGCCAUCCCAACCGAAGCCUCUGAUCCCGAUACGACCAAUUAAGGACCACUCCUUAUCUGUUUCAGAUCAACUCUCGGAUUCCGAUAAUUUGGAGAUCGCGGAUGACGAAAGCGACUGGUCGUCUGGACCUCCUUCUCCGGCACCACUGAAGGCACCACGGGCGUUUGAGAAAAGUGAUAAUUUAUACGAAAAGCAAACCGCUGCAGAAAAAGAACAAGAGGCGGAGGAAUUGUCGUGGGACGCUGAAAACUUUCAACAGGAAGGCUUACCUAUACCAAAAACGGAAAACACGUACCAGCCCUAAGCUAAUUCUUGGAGCAAUGAUCCUCUCUAUUCCUGAUCAACCAAAUCUCGACUUGAUCUAAUAACAUAUAUAUUUGAAUAAAAUCGAUCAAAUAUACAUUUCAUGUGUCUAUUAAAAUAUUAACCUUAAAUGUUUAGCUGUAAUUUUUAAAAUAUCUGAAUGUACUAGAAGCUUCUGUAACAUUGUAAGGUUGGUUGUAUUAACCUUAAUUUGAAUAAUUAUUUGUUUUAACAUUUGAUUACAAAAUUUGAAACUCAUUACAGUUCUAUGUAUACGUACGUUAUUUAAAUUGUCUCUUUUUAAAAAGACUUCAAACAUCAAAACAACGAUUAUAUUUUUUUUAUACAUUUGUAUUUUUAAUAUACU